UGGACUGGUCCUAAUCCCGAGGACUCGGGAGAUUUGUAUAAAUAGGUUCCCAAUGAAACCUGGUCUGGUCGAUGCUUGAAUGAUUCGGAAGGCAUCCCCAGUCCCAGCAGCACCCAACUACCCACGAUGAAGCUUCCUUUGUUCUUCCUCGGCCUCAUGGGCCUUGCAGCGGCCACCCCAAUGGGUCUUGAGACCCGUCAGUUCAGUUCUGGAAACGAACUCCGUGAUGGCUCUUGCAAGCCCAUCAUCUUCAUCUUUGCGCGCGCAUCCACCGAGCCGGGUCUCCUUGGUAUCUCAACCGGCCCGGCCGUUUGCAACAACCUCAAGAUGGCCAAGGCCGGCCAAGUCCUCUGCCAGGGCGUCGGUCCCGCCUACACAGCCGAUCUGAUGUCCAACGCCCUGCCCGAUAACACCUCCCCAGCGGCCAUCAACGAAGCCAAGUCUCUCUUCAACCUUGCUGCAUCCAAGUGUCCCAACAGUCAAAUCCUGGCCGGUGGAUAUAGUCAAGGAACAGCCGUGAUGGACGAUUCCAUCAAGGAACUUGACGACAGCGUCAAGGACAAGAUCAAGGGCGUGGUUCUUUUCGGCUACACCCGGAACGCCCAGGAACAUGGCCAGAUCCAGAACUUCCCCAAGGACAAGGUCAAGAUCUACUGCGCCGCCGGCGACAUGGUGUGCGACGGCACGCUGCUCGUCCUUCCCGCGCACUUCUCGUACAUCGCCAACACCGGCGAGGCCUCGCAGUGGUUGGAGUCGCAGCUGGGAACCACCUCUACGUCCACCACUUCUUCCGGGACCACUGGCUCGAGCACCAGCAGCGGAAGCUCCGAGUCAUCCGCCGCUUCUUCGGGAUCCUCCGGGCUGUCUGGGCUUAGCGGGCUGAGCUCGCUCUUCGGUGGCGGUAGCAGUGGGUCGAGUGACAGUUCGAGCGGAUUGGGAUCGUUCUUGUAGGCGGCUUCCAGUCAUCUUGGUGAGGAAUUAGGACGUUCGAGCGGGGAAGUUGGGAUAGGGAAGCUGGUGAUCAAUGAAUGGGUGUUGGGCUG